AUGGCUCAACGAAUCACCCAGCUUGCGUCGCACCUCGACCCACGCUCGUGGUCGGGCAAGGGCCUGCACGCGCACCAGGCCAAGAACGACUCGGACGUCGUCAUCGUCGCCGCGGGCCGCACGCCGUUCACCAAGGCCUACAAGGGCUCCAUGAAGGACGCCAAGUUCGAUCUGCUGUGCUACGAGUUCUUCAAGUCCAUCGUUGCGUCCUCGGGCGUCGAUCCCAAGCUCAUCCAGGACAUCGUCGUGGGCAACGUGCACAACGAUGAGGCGCCCUACUACGUUCGCGCCGCCGCGCUCGCUGCGGGUAUCCCCAACACUACGCCUGCUAUCGUCGUCAACAGGUUCUGCUCCUCGGGUCUCAUGGCGAUCCGCGCGAUCGCUAACGGCAUCCAGGCCGGUGAGAUCGAGUGUGGCCUUGCGUGCGGUAUCGAGCACAUGUCGACGCAGCCCAAGCGUCCCACGAUGAUCUCGGAGGAGCUGAGCAAGCUCAGCCAGGAGGCGGACGACUGCAAGAUGCCCAUGGGCUGGACCUCGGAGAACGUCGCCAACGACUUUGGCAUCUCGAGGCAAAAGAUGGACGAGUUUGCCGCGCGCUCGCACCAGCGCGCCGUGCAGGCGCAGUCGCAGGGCAAGUUUGACGCCGAGAUCUUCCCCAUCUCGCUCCCCACCGUCGCCAAGGACGGCAGUCGUCAGACCUCGGUCAUUUCCGCCGACGAGGGUCCGCGUGCAGGCACCACCGCAGAGUCGCUCGGGAAGAUUCGUCCCGCUUUCCCACAGUGGGCGCCCGGCAACACGACGGGCGGCAACGCUUCGCAGAUCACCGACGGUGCAGCCGGUGUGAUUCUCAUGCGUCGAUCGCUCGCCAACAAGCUCGGCCUCACCAUCCUGGGCAAGUACGUCUCGUGUGCCGUCACCGGUCUCGAGCCUAGGAUCAUGGGCAUUGGCCCCAGCAGUGCCAUCCCUGCACUGCUCGAGCAGACGGGCGUGAGUCAGGACCAGGUGGACCUGUUCGAGAUCAACGAGGCCUUUGCAAGCAUGUACGUCUACUGCGUCGAGAAGCUCGGUCUGGACCCGGAAAAGGUCAAUGUCAACGGCGGCGCAUGUGCCCUCGGCCACCCCCUCGGCGCCACGGGUGCAAGGCUCGUCGUCACCGCCCUCAACGAGCUCAAGAGGAGAAACCAAAAGGUCGCCGUCGUCUCCAUGUGCAUCGGCCUCGGCAUGGGCGCUGCCGGCCUCAUCCUUCGCGAAGACUAG